UUUAUAUCUUUUUAAUUGCUUUUUCAAAUUUUUAAAAGCGCACCCGAACCUCUUUCCAACAAAAUCCUCGAAAUUGCAUCGAAACUUCAGACCGAUUACGAACCUUUAUUUAGUAAGAAUCGGAUCUUGAAUUAUUUCGAUCCCUGCUGCUGUCUACCUACCAGUAAAAAAAAUAAUUUACUCAAGUUUUCCGCGCCCGUUCUACAGCAAGAUUACGAUCCGCAAUCGCAAUGAACGAGCGCAACCAUCCGUACAAUCAAAACAUGCACUGCAUCAACAAUAUGAUAAACGGCACUCCGGCCAUGAACAUGGCAGGCUAUGGAAUGCCACCUUGUGACCAAGACACUAAGAAGCAAGAUCUGGGUGACAUCCUGCAGCAGAUUAUGGCCAUCACUGAUCAGAGUUUAGAUGAGGCUCAAGCUAGGAAACACACAUUAAACUGCCACCGCAUGAGGAAUGCCUUGUUUCAAGUGCUCUGUGAAAUCAAAGAGAAAACUGGAUUGAGUUUCAGAGGGGCCGAGGAAGACAACUCAACUGAUCCGCAACUGAUGAGAUUAGACAACAUGCUUAUAGCAGAAGGUGUGGCUGGUCCGGAGAAGGGUGGGGGCAACUCGCUUUCUGUGGCGACGCAGGCAGCCAUGUCAACGGGUCAUGAUUCUCCUGAAAACACCAUUGAGCAUUCUGAUUACAGGGCUAAACUUAAUCAAAUUCGCCAAGUUUAUCACGCUGAAUAUGAAAAAUAUGAACAGGCAUGCAGUGAAUUCACAACUCACGUGGUCAACCUUCUGAGGGAGCAGAGCAGAACCCGCCCCGUGGCCCCCAAAGAAAUUGAAAGAAUGGUCAGCAUAAUUAGAAAAAAGUUCACCUCUAUCGAACUGCAACUGAAGCAGAGUACGUGCGAAGCUGUCAUGGUGCUUAGGUCGAAAUUCCUCGAUGCCAGGAGGAAGAGAAGAAAUUUCAGCAAGACAGCAACCGAAGUGCUGAAUGAAUAUUUCUAUUCGCAUCUGAGCAACCCGUACCCCAGUGAAGAGGCGAAGGAAGAGCUGGCCAGGAAGUGUGGCAUCACCGUUUCACAGGUGAACAAUUGGUUCGGGAACAAACGCAUUCGUUACAAGAAGAACAUAACGAAAGCUCAGGAAGAGGUGAAUGCCUACGCAUCGAGAUCCAACAACAACUCAUCCUCACAUCAACAACAACAACUCAGCCCUUCAAACAGUAACGACGGAUCUAGUCAUGCAAAACGUCACACUCAGUUUGGCUGA